UCUGAGGUUCAUUCUGUCCUUGAGCCCACCAGGAACGAAAGAGCGCUCCAUCUGCCCUCCAGAAACCCAGCUAUGACCUCCUUGUCCACAAGCACCUUCAGUCCAGUUGCCUUCUCCCUGGGGCUGCUCCUAGUGAUGGCUACUGCUCUUCCCACACCAGUUCUCCUGGGAGAAGAUUCCCAAGAUGGUGCCAUUCUAAAUAUACCAGAACCCACCUCCACAGAUAAAACUGAAGAUCUCGCUAAGUACAUCCUUGAAGAAAUCAAUGUACUGAAACAAGAGGCAUGUGACAGUAUUUACAAGUGCAGGGUUGCACUGGCAAAAAACAAUCUGAACCUUCCAAAGAUGGCAGAAAAAGAUGGAUGCUUCCAUAAUGGAUUUAAUAAGGAUACUUGCCUGAUGAGAAUCAUCACUGGUCUUUUGGAGUUUCAGGUAUAUAUAGAGUUUCUCAAGAACAAUGUUAAUGAAAAGAGCAGUGCCAGAGCUGUGCAGAUUGGUACCAAAGCCCUGAUGCUGAUGCUGAAGCAAAAGGAAACGUAUCCAAGUAUAGUUCCCACCCCUGACCCAACUUCAAAUGCCAGCUUGAUGGUGAAGAUGCAGUCUCAAGAGGAGUGGCUAAAGAAGGUGACAGUCCGACUCAUCCUGCGCAGCCUGGAGGAUUUCCUGCAGUAUACUGUGAGGGCUUCUCGGCUAAUGUAGUGUGGUCAUCUCAGAUUUUUAUAGACAUGGACAUUCCUUCCUUUGGUCAGAAACCUGUCCAUAGGCCAUAUAACUUAUAUUGUUCUCCAUGAAGAACUAAAAGUAUAAGCGUUAGGACACUAUUUUAAUUAUUUUUAAUUUAUUAUAUUUAAAUAUGUGAAGUCAAGUUAAUUUAUAGAAGUCAUAUUUAUAUUUUUAUAAAGUGCCACUUGAAAUAUUUUAUGGAUUAGUUUUGAGGUAACAAUGUAAAAAAGCUAUAGUUUAAAUAUCUUCUGAUUCAGAGCCAGAUCAUUUCUUGGAAUGUGUAGGCUUACCUCAAACAAAUUGCUAACUUAUACAUAUUUUUAAAAGAAAUAUUUAUAUUGUAUUUAUGUAAUGUUUAAAUUGUUUUUAUACCAAUAAAUCACAUUUUA